AUGCAACAACUCAUGACCUUGUUAUCACCACCACUCUCUCAUUCUUCUCUCCUUCCCACCGUCACUACCAAAUUCGGGUCACCACGAUUAGUCACUACGUGCAUGGGCCAUGCAGGGCGUAAAAAUAUCAAGGAUAAGGUGGUUCUCAUCACAGGUACAACAGGCACAGGCAAGUCACGCCUCUCAGUCGAUCUUGCCACCCGUUUUUUUCCCGCCGAGAUCAUAAACUCGGACAAAAUGCAAAUCUACAAGGGAUUCGAGAUUGUCACAAAUCUAAUCCCACUGCAUGAGCAAGGAGGAGUCCCGCACCAUCUUCUAGGUCAGUUCCACCCACAAGACGGUGAACUCACCCCUGCAGAGUUCCGUUCUUUGGCGACACUGUCCAUCUCUAAACUAAUUUCUAGCAAGAAACUCCCGAUUGUAGUUGGUGGAUCCAACUCCUUCAAUCACGCUCUACUCGCCGAGCGUUUUGACCCGGAUAUUGAUCCAUUCUCUCCCGGAUCGAGUCUUUCAACGAUCUGCUCUGACCUAAGGUACAAAUGUUGCAUCUUAUGGGUUGAUGUUUUAGAGCCGGUUCUGUUCCAACACUUGUGCAAUCGUGUCGACCAAAUGAUCGAGUCGGGAUUGGUCGAGCAGCUUGCCGAAUUGUACGACCCUGUUGUAGAUUCGGGUCGACGACUAGGGGUUCGGAAGACGAUAGGAGUAGAGGAGUUCGACCGAUACUUUAGAGUAUACCCUAAGGAGAUGGACAAGGGAAUUUGGGACUUAGCGAGAAAGGCGGCGUACGAGGAGACAGUGAAGGGGAUGAAAGAGAGGACAUGUCGGUUGGUGAAGAAGCAGAAAGAGAAGAUCAUGAAGCUGAUAAGAGGUGGUUGGGAGAUUAAGAGGCUUGACGCUACGGCGGCAAUUAUGGCUGAGCUGAAUCAAAGUACGGCAAAGGGAGAAGGAAAGAAUGGGAGAGAGAUUUGGGAAAAACACAUUGUGGAUGAAAGUGUCGAGAUUGUCAAGAAGUUUUUGUUGGAAGUUUAG